GUCGGAUCCCCCCACACGAGCGCGACGAAACCCUAACCCUAGCGAUCGGAGCAGAGCAAAACCCUCGCCCGCAUAAGUACUCUCCCCUUGCCUCUCGCCGCCACUUCUCACCCAUCUCGUCCUCCUCGCCUCUACCAAGCGCAGCGCAGGUCACCGAGAUGGCGGCGGAGGUGGCGGCGAAGGCGGCGGUGGUGCCGGAGUCGGUGCUGCGGAAGCGGAAGCGGGAGGAGCAGUGGGCGGCGGAGAAGAAGGAGAAGGCGGUCGCCGACAGGGAGAAGGCGCUCGAGAGCCGCAAGCUCAUCUUCGCCCGCGCCAAGCAGUACGCCCAGGAGUACGACGCCCAGGAGAAGGAGCUUGUGCAGCUCAAGCGCGAGGCCCGGCUGAAGGGUGGGUUCUAUGUGAGCCCCGAGGCCAAGCUUCUGUUUGUGAUCCGCAUCCGUGGUAUCAACGCCAUGCACCCCAAGACCAGGAAGAUCUUGCAGCUCCUCCGUUUGAGGCAGAUCUUCAAUGGUGUCUUCCUCAAGGUUAACAAGGCAACCAUUAACAUGUUGCGCAGGGUUGAGCCGUAUGUUGCUUAUGGGUACCCAAACCUGAAGAGUGUAAGGGAAUUGAUCUACAAGAGGGGUUAUGGGAAGCUGAACAAGCAGAGGAUUCCUCUGAGCAACAACAAUGUCAUUGAGGAGGGCCUUGGGAAGCACAGCAUCAUCUGUAUCGAGGAUCUUGUCCAUGAGAUCAUCACUGUUGGCCCACACUUCAAGGAGGCCAACAACUUCCUCUGGCCAUUCAAGCUGAAGGCGCCGCUGGGUGGCCUGAAGAAGAAGAGGAACCACUACGUCGAGGGUGGUGAUGCUGGCAACCGUGAGAAUUACAUCAACGAGCUCAUCAAGAGGAUGAAUUAGGCCCUUGUAACCUGUGAGAAUGAUCUCUAUGUCAGCAAGGUUCUACUCUAGGGAGUUGUUGGAUAAUGUUGGAUAUGCAAUUUUGGCGUUCCAAACAGAAUGCAGACUUUGGUGCUUUCAGAGUGAGACUUCCAAUAGGAAAUCUGCACCGUUUAUUUUU